ACUCCGGAAGGAGCAGAGACACUUUGUUAAAACACCUGAACGACGAGAAACGUUCUCAUCUCGUUUUAUCAAAUCAUUUUACCUCAAAUAAAAAAAUACGGGAUCAGAUUCAAACUUAAACAUUAAAAUAAAGUAAAACGGAACAGAAACUGCGAUGUGCUGCCGGAACCACUUUAGUUUGAAAAGCUGAAACCGGAAGUGAGGAGAGGAGAGAAAGUCGUUAAAUGCGGAAGUUUGAAGACGUUUGUUUCCUCAGAAUCAUCGUGAAGAAGUUUGAAGAAGUUUGAAGAAGUUUGAUGAGACGAGCGUGAACUUUGUUUCCUGAUCCAACAAACACACUGUUGAUAUUAAACACUUACACACAGUGAGCUGCUAGGAGACGACACAUAAAGACAACCAAGGAACUCUCUGUUGUGUCUCCGCUCCAUCAUGGCCUCUGAAGUGUACUCUGCCACGACGGCCCCGAACCCCAAGUCCUCCUGGUGCCAGGUUCCCUCGGAGCGCCUGGACAAGCUCCGCUUCCUGGUCAAAGUCUCUGAAGUGAUCUUCUCCUUCGUGGCCUUCAUCCUGGAGGAGGUGGUCAGCAGCUGCUACAGCUGCUUCGCCCUCUACUUCUUUGAGUUCGUCAGCUGCACGGCGUUCCUCUUCACCCUGCUGCUGCUCGUCCUCCUCUCCACCGCCCUGCACGCCAGGGUCGGCAUCACCUGCUGGCCCCGACUGGACUUCUGGUACACCUCCCUCAUCGCCCUCUUGUUUUUCGUCUCCUCCAUCGUUUUUGCGACGAACAACAACGGAACGGAUCUGGAGAAAAGUGCUGUGGCGUUUGGUUUCACGGCGAUGUCGGCGUUCCUCUUGGAUCUCGUCUUCUUUUAUAAAAGCAGCGGACUUCCUCUUCAGAAGUCUGGAGGCGGCCCCCCCGCAGAGGGGGGGGCUCAGCUGGAGACGGAGAAACUUAACUCUGACUCUAACCCCAGCGCGGCCGAAUGAGUUUCAAUGUGUUUCAUGCGUUCAGAGCUUAUUUACACACGACUCCUCUAACGUGGCGACCGGAGUGUGACCAGGAAGAACGACACUAAAACCAUGAACCACUAAAUGUUCUGCUUUACAGCAAAUCUGUCAUAAAACUGAACGUUUAUCAACUCUAGAUAAACUGUUUGUAUAAAAGUUCAUAUGAAACUUUUACGUCACACAAGGAAAAAUAUUUCGAAUGAACCAUUAAGAGAAGAAAAGGUCGACUGGUUGUUUUCUGUCCCUGAACGUCUCCUGGUGAUUUAGAGAAAAGACGUUUUUCAACCUGUUUCCUGGACGAGUUCACAGAACGACACAAAACGAUGAUAAGAAGUGUCCAGCAGGGGGAGCUGUUUGUCAUCAGGCUUCUGCAAUUCACUGAUUAAUCAAGAUCAGCCAAUCAGUUCUGUUCAAUUUAAUUUGUAUGGCACCAAAUCAUAAUCAACAUUAGCUCAAGGCUCUUUACACAGAUGGUCAAUCUCCCUGUGCCAUCCGAGACACGCUAAACUGAUCAGGAAACAGGAAGUGAGUCACGUCUCACGUUUGUUACGGAACCUUGAAAAAUGAAAAUAAAAUGAAGCAGCUGAAGUGACAUCACGUGUCGAGCUGCUGUUAACGAACCUACCGAAGAAAACCUGUCACGAAACUCAGAAUUCAAAAGUUUAAACUCAUUUUGAUUUGAAGUGCGUCUGAGGUGUCGUCCACAGAUCUCGUCUUUAUUUCUAAUUUCACCUUCGUACGUAUAAAAGUUUUUCUUUAUUUUAAAUGUUUAAUAUUUUUAACUUGUUUGAGAGUUUUUUUUUGUCUUGUUCUAACAGAUUUUUAUUGUCUUAAAAACUAUUCUUUUUUUUAUGAAGGAAAUUUUGAUGUUUUGUCGCAAAUAUAUAAAUCAUUUCUGAAUAUGAAUCGAACGAGGACUCCAGCUGUUUGUCAAAUGUAAACUUUAGUUGUUUGGCUUCAGUCGGAUGUUGAUGUGAAAUGUGUUAUAUUUGUUUAUUGAUUUCUCUGUCUGAAGUUAGCUGAAUGAAUGUUUGAUGAAUUGAUUUAGUCUGAAUUAUCCAGAGUUUUAAGAGGGUUUAAUUGAUGGAGCAGGAAAUCUGAGGUGUGACACUUAUUAUAUGGUUCAUAUUUUACCUUUGACUCUGUAUAUUUACUGGAACCAAUCAAUGACAACUGUAAAAUAAAACAUUGACUAUACUGGACACUUUUUAAAAAUAUUGUUUUCUAUUUCAUGUAAGUCAGACAAUCCAGAAAAGUUGUUUAUAUUUCAACAUGAUUCAUGUUCACGACCAAACCAAGUUCAAUCAUGUCUUUUUCUAUGAUCUGUAUUUUUGUGGUGUAAUAAACAGAUUUUCAAAGAA